UAAAAUUCUAGACGUUUUUGUUUUUAAAGUGAACGUGAGAGUGUAUGGGAGUAUGAGGAAGUGCUACUAAAUUAGAAUAAUACAAAUAUAAGAGCCAUGCGAAAGUACCAGCAGUUAUUCCUUUUGCUAAUAUCCUUUCUCAGCGUGUGCAUACUCCUGAUGUACAAGAGUGAGAACAAUCGCCUAAAGUAUGUCUUGAAAUACGUAAACUUUUUCGGCCGCAAUGAUGCGGCCGUCUUGAGACGUUUGGACAAUGGGAUCGGAAACAGAACCAUGGAUGAGGAUAAAAUGUUUCACUUGGCUCUGUCCCGUCCUUUGCCCGUAUGGCAGUUAAUUGGCAGUAGCGGCGAUUUCUACGCUUACUCCUCAUACUGGAAACGCAAUGAGUUGAUUGCCGGAGGACAAGCCCACGUUUUGGUUGUGGGUAGGAAAGGAGCCGUUGUUGACUUCCGCUGCAGCUUAGACAUGGCCAAUGGUCGCCAAGUACAGGGCAAAUUUCGUUUUCAACGAGAAGAGGGUCAGAAUCAUGACACGGAUGCAGCUUUUACCAGUUACCACUUUUUCUGUCAGGUUAGCCGUGACUUUGGCAAACCAGAAAUUGUGUCCUUUAUGGACGCAGGUACAAAGAAUCCCGUUAAGCUGCGCUUGCGCCAUAUCAAGACUCAAACGAAAUCGCUUAGAUUAUUGCCGGCAAUAGUUUGCGUAGACCUUGUAGAUUACAAUAUGAACUCGACUUUUGCUCGCCGAGAAGAUGCCUUACUACAGUUCUUUUUAAUCCAUCAGGCUUUAGGCGUAGAUUACUUUGUCGUUUACAAUUACGAUGAACUGCCUCUUCAGAUUAUCCAUAUUCUGCAACGUGCUAACAUCCACUUAAACGGAUUGCCUUUUAAUUUUCCCUUUCCUCGCCAGCCGUCGUCAAAUCUCACACACCAACUGAUCGAAACAGAUUGUCAAAUGCGCAGCUUCAACUACGCCAGUUUCAGUAUUCUUAUGAAACCCAAUGAGAUUAUGUAUCCAAGUGCCCGUUUUCUAGACAACGAUGGGAAGCGCUCACUGCACGAGCAACUGCGUCAUUAUGAUGCAACCGAAACUCGCUUUGAACUAGCCACAUUUAAUGUAUGCUUCGAUGAACGCAAGAAAUUGCUUAUGGAUCAUGUUCAGUACGAUCCAGAGUUAAAGACAAAUUAUAAAAUGUUGCUACAUCGUUUGGAAUUGCCUCCCCCUGCACCGAUGGCCACAAAUAACCAAGUAGAAUUGGCACUCUCGAAAGGACUUGUCCAUCGCUAUGUGGACUGUGUAAAAGUAGGCAAAGAUGGAUUACACGACUGGCGCAACGGCGUACGUGAAGACUUUAUGCAACAUAUCGACACACUCCGCAACGAAGUGGAUUUACUCAUUUAAAAUAAAUCUAAGAUUUGAAUUUAGCUUUAGGAAUUACGUUUAUAAAUGAUAAGAUCAUGAUGUGGCAGCUUUAGAUCAUCUUUCCGGACAAAAUGAUCCCAAAAACUAGCAUUAACUAAUAGCUUAACCAUCAUCUGUAUUCAGCAAUGCACACACAAAACAUUUUGUAUAUAUAAUAGACGAUUAUAAACCUCAAUGUGGUGGCCAUAUAAAAUUAAAUUAGGAUGCUAAAUAA